CGUUGUUUGGCCAUCCCUAAUUUUCACACUAAAGAAAUCGGACGCGUUCUGCGCGUUGUUCGCGCGAGAAUAAAAAAUAAUUUAGCUUCGGCUCCAAAUAGAUAUUUUAUUUGGAAAAUAUUUAACAAGAGCCCCAAACGCAUAGAUACAGAAAAGUAUUGAUUUUCGUCCAAGAUGGCGGACGACGAGCAAUUCAGCUUGUGCUGGAACAACUUUAACACGAAUUUGUCGGCUGGCUUCCACGAGUCGCUAUGUCGCGGCGAUCUGGUGGACGUAUCCUUGGCGGCCGAGGGUCAUAUUGUAAAGGCCCACCGAUUGGUGUUAUCCGUCUGCUCGCCGUUCUUCCGCAAGAUGUUCACCCAGAUGCCGUCGAACACCCACGCAAUCGUAUUCCUGAACAAUGUAAGCCACUCGGCGCUGAAGGACCUCAUCCAAUUUAUGUACUGCGGCGAGGUCAAUGUGAAGCAGGACGCCUUGCCCGCGUUUAUUAGCACCGCAGAAUCUCUGCAAAUCAAGGGGCUAACGGAUAACGAUCCUGCGCCGCAGCCACCGCAAGAGCCCAGCCCGCCGCCAGCAGCGCCUCAUGUACAACAGCAACAAUUACCGGCCCAGCGGGUGCAACGCCAGCAGCCGCGCGCCUCCGCCCGCUACAAGAUCGAGACCGUGGACGACGGACUGGGCGACGACAACAAGGGCACCACCCAGAUCGUCAUCCAGACCACGGCCGCACCCCAAGCCACCAUUGUACAACAGCCGCAGCAGCAGCAGGCUGCGCAGCAGAUCCAGACGCAGCAGCAGCUGCAGACGGGAACCACUACGACGGCGACGCUGGUGUCGACAAACAAACGCUCCGCCCAGCGAUCCUCUCUGACCUCCGCCUCCUCCUCCAGCGGCGGCGUAAAGCGCUCCAAGACCAGCGCCUCUGCCAAUGUAAUGGACCCCCUCGAUUCGGCCACGGAAACUGGAACCACGACGACCGCCCAACUAGUUCCGCAACAGAUCACCGUACAAACAGCUGUGGUCUCCUCCGCGGAAACCAAGCUCCACCAGCAGCCGCAGCAGGUCCGCCAGCAGCAGCAGCAGGAGGAAGCCGAGUACAUUGAUCUCCCCAUGGAAUUGCCGACAAAAUCGGAACCUGACUACUCUGAGGACCAUGGCGAUGCUGCCGGAGAUGGCGAGGGGACCUAUGUGGAGGACGAUGCUUACGGGGACAUGCGCUACGACGACAGUUACUUUACUGAAAACGAGGAUGCUGGCAACCAAACAACGGCAAACACGAGCGGCGGCGGAGUGACCGCCACCACGUCCAAGGCGGUGGUUAAGCAGCAGUCGCAGAACUACAGUGAUUCUUCGUUUGUCGACACCAGCGCGGAUCAGGGCAACACAGAGGCUCAAGAUUCGGAUAUUAGGUUUAUCCGGAGCCAAAAGAAGAACGCCCAACUGGUGUUCCGGGACUAUAUCUACAACAAGAAGCUGACCCAGGCCAAUGGACAGACGACCUGGCGCUGUGCGGAUGUACUUAAGCUCCGCUGCAAGGCGGUGGUGAUCACCCGCGAUGGCCAGUUCAUAGACGCCCGUCGUCAGCACAACCACGAGUCCCACGCCUCUAGGAUCGGCCAGCGGCAGCUCUACAAGGUGGAGCAGGAACUGGAGGAGUAUAUCGAGAUCUGCACGUCAAACCCCAAGAUAUCGCAGUAUCUGGGCAGCAGUAAUAUUAUCGUGACCGCCAAGGACGGCAAGGACUGCAAACUGUUUCUACCCGCCGCCGAGGCCACGGAAAUUGAGAUGCAGGCCCUAGUCGACGCCGCCGAGGAGGAGGAAGAGCUGCAGGCCGAGGCGGAGGGGCAGCGGGCCCAGCAGCGGGACCGGGAACGGGAGGCCAGGUGGCAGGCGGAGGAGGCCAAGCGCCGUUCCCUGCUGAAGACGAAGCACCUCUAGGAGAUUUCAUCUAGCACCAUAAGCUCGUAUUAAGCUCGAAAUUUGGAGUGGGCUUAUUUGUUUGGAGAACUACCAACAAAUCUAAAUGUAAUCAAUUGCGGGCUCUUUUUUUAAAGAUCUCUAGAAAGCUAUACCCUUUUAUCAUGCUAUAGUUUAUUUGAUCGUAUUAUGUCGGUAAUUACCUACCAAAGUGAAGCUAUUUUUUCCAAUUUACCAAAAUCAACCAUUUAAGUUAUCCGUAUUUUAUGUAAAUAUGUAUGUUUCUAACACAAGCAAGACCGCUGUAGUCGAGUUUUCCGUACUAUAAUAUAUACCUUAUUUACCUGCAACAGAAAAUGUUAUGCAACGUGCAUGUUUCUUACAGUUGAGAUCCUGAUCUUGUAUCCACCAUAACAACAAAUGAGGAUUCGCGAUGAAUCUGCGUGGUAAAUCCCAGAUAUCUAGGCGGAGAGACAUGCCUAGAUCCACUCGGAUAAUGUUUCUUUAUUUGUUUAUUGUGCUACGAAUACAAUGUACUUCAUAUAGGUUAUUUUCACAGGAUAUUUCUUAAACAGGAGGACUACAGUCAAAAUUAAAACAAUCAGCUAUAAUAUUACGACUAAUCCGAACAUUUAAAGGACUUCUAAUAAUUGAGUCAACCAAACAUGAUAAUAGCUUUAUAGUACCCUAAAUGAUUCAAUGAUUUUCAGCCAAACAAAUCGGCCCACCAACUCGAACGUAGUUUAAAUUAUGUCUGUAAACGUAUUUCAUAUUUAAUCCUCGAAUAAACUGAGACCAAAACAAA